AUGUCGUCCGCUGGAGCCACCGGCGGUGCCGCCGCUUCGAAUUUAUACUUUUGCUCCCAGUGCGACCACACUUUCACCUUCGACCCCGCCGACGCCGGAGAUCAUGGCGUCGUCUGCUGCGUCCACUGCGGCGGGAGCGUCGCCCAGGCAUCCAACUUCCCAAACCUCGAGAACCCUAACUCUGACUUGGGCUCUCUCGACGCCCAGCAACCCUCGCCCUCCCACCUUUCUGACCAUGAUGCAGACUCUGUGCCUUUCGACGAGCUUAUCAUGCCCCCUUUUAGCUCGUCUGUCACGGACUUCUACUUUGACGCGAUGUUCAUAGAGCAACAACUCGAACGAUGGUCUAGGCGAUCACUGAACCUCGCUCCUUCCAGGCGCGGCACCCAGCCAGCAUGGAUGGCCGCCGUGGAGGCCCUACCGGACAUCAAUAUCAAAAAAGCGGCCCCGGGGACCGAUCCGAUCGAGUGCACGAUUUGCAUGGACUCGUUCGACGCCAGCGCGGUGGUGACGCAGUUGCCCUGCAAGCACAUGUUCCACAAGAAGUGCAUUCUCCGGUGGCUCGACAGCCAUAACUCCUGCCCGCUCUGCCGAUCUGAGCUGCCCUGA